AUGAAAGUUUUGAAAGGCGUUGCGUUCAUCGUUCUCGUCUUUUUCUCCUCCCUUCUCGGAACUGUUUUUCUUCUCUUUCCGCUUAUUCCUCUCGCGUGGAUUGCGCCGAAGUUAUGGCGACUAGCAGCCGACAGACUUGUUGGAUUUUGGCUAACGUUCCCUUGUGCUUUGAUUGAAUGGGUGUUCGGUGUCAAGUUCCGCGUAACUGGAGAUCUAAUCGACAGGGAUGAGCCAGCUAUUCUGAUAAUGAACCACCGUACACGGCUGGAUUGGCUGUUUUCAUGGAAUGCGCUCUUUAAAAUGGAUCCAUGGUUGCUGACUUCCGAGAAGAUUUCUCUCAAAGCUCCUCUCAAAAUGAUUCCCGGCGCAGGAUGGGCGAUGAGUAGUGGAUGCUACAUCUUCUUGGAUAGAAAUUUUGAGAAAGACAAACCAAUUUUGGAACGAAUCGUAAAAUACUAUUCGCAGUCCGGCAACAAAUAUCAGAUUCUUCUUUUCGCCGAAGGAACCGAUAAGGGAGAACGGGCGACACAGUUGAGCCAUGCGUUCGCUGACAAGAAUGGAUUGCCACGAUAUGAAUAUGUGCUGCACCCAAGAACCACCGGGUUCAGAUUUUUGAUGGACAUGAUGAAAAAAGAGAAUUAUAUCAAAAAUGUUUAUGAUCUCACUAUUGCGUACAGCGGAACUAUUGUCGAUACAGAGAAAAAGUUGUUGGGUGGAAACUUUCCUGAUAAAGUUCACUUAGAUGUAAAAAAGUACAAAUUAGAUGACAUUCCUGAAGGAGAUGGAUGCGAAAAAUGGCUUACAAAUUUAUGGGAAACCAAAGAAAAACGAUUGAAGAAGUUUUAUGAAAAAGAGGAACGACUGGAAGCAAGUGGCGAUCGCUUUGAAUGGCCGGAGACAACCAGUGGUAUCGGAUACUUCGUGUGUUUUUCGUUCUGGGUAGUCGCUUCUCUUUUUUGGAUCGGUGCCAUCUACUCUUUACUAUGGGUCAAGAUCUAUGUCACCUGCGCAAUCGUAUUCUACAUUGCGUCUCUUCGAUUCUACAAUGGAGCCGAGUUCGUUUUUCUCAACUGGUUUGAAGCGCGAAGUAAUCGCCAUGACCAAGAAAGAAGUAAAACGGAGUAG